AUGGCCGGAUUAGAAAUCAUAGGAGCGAUAUCUGCCGUAUCGGGCUUACUAGAAUUCACCAUUAGUCUUCUCAGCCGACUGCGAAAAACCUACAACGACCAGAAAAACUCCUCACAAGUGCUCGGGGCUCAUGUCGUUGAGAUCCAAGGAAUUCUGACCAUCCUCGAGCUAGUGAAGCAUGAAGCUAAUUUGCGCACUGCGGCCGUUCUCUCCGAAAUUGAGAACAUUCGCAAGAUCGCCGUGGAGCUGAUCGGUAACCUAGAAUUAAUGGUAUCGGGGGACAAGAGCCAAGCACGGCGUUUUGCCCAUCAAUUCCUACAGGGGACCAAAGAGCAGGAGACGCUCGCAAAGCUGAUGGAGCGGCUUGAGCACGCAAAGUCAAACUUGGGUCUGGGUUUACAUGUUGCUCACGUGGGAGUGACGCAGUUCGUAGGUGAUAAAGUUGCGAUAAAUAUGGAUAUUUUGAAUCGAGUGGACGGGCUACUUCGGAAGGUAUUUGGAGACGAUGGAGGGCUUCAGAUUGCAGAUGUGGUUAAGAACCAUCGCCCCGAAAAAGAUGGACUUGUACAUAUCAAGAGUGACGAGCUCUCACUCAGAACAGAUGGAGAUGCGAAAGAUGCGGGACGGGUUUCUAGUCGGGUGGUCUUGAAAAAUGUGAGCAGAGAUCAAGCUCUACAGAUCAAUGGACCCAUUGGAGAAAAGGGGUGGCGAGAGGUAUCUCAGCUGGAAAUCAGAGACAACGAAGCUGCUGGAAAUGGCCUCCAAGUCAACCAUGCGAUUUCUGAAGAUAUGUUCAUUCAGUUGCUGGCGCAUAGAGACCGAAAUAAGUCGGAUGGUACACUGGGACCAAUUUUACAAGUUAGCGCUAGACCUUCUGCGUCUGUUUGUAGUCGUCCUUGCGUUAUGCCUAGGAUAGAAACUAAUGAGGUUAGCGAGUAA